CAAUCAGCUAAGUAACACAAGCAAAGAGCUGAAAGAGAGAUACCUAGUAUUAUAAUUCAGAGCUUAGAGGAGGCAAGAAUUAACACUUGUCAUCCAAAGAAAGGAUAGUUUGCAAGUAGUUCUUGGGAGGAGGUGGUGGUCGUCGUCGUCGUUGCGAGGUCGGCAGGCAUGGAGGAGGAGACGGUGGUGGCGGUGAUGAGCUGCGAGUGCUGCGGGCUGGAGGAGGAGUGCACCGGCGAGUACAUCGGCGGCGUGAGGGCGUACUUCGGGGGGAGGUGGCUGUGCGGGCUGUGCUCGGAGGCGGUGAAGUACGAGGCCGGGAAGAGCUCGCCGCGGGCGCCCGACGUGGAGGGGGCCGUGCGGGCGCACAUGGCCUUCUGCCGCAUGCUCAAGCGCGGCGGCCCCGCCGAGCGCGUCGCCGAGGGCAUGUGCCAGAUGCUGCGCACCGCGUCCGGGAAGCAGCGGCGGCGCGCCUCCUCCUCCUCCGGGUCCUCGUCGCCGUCGCCGUCGCCGUCGCCGCGAGCCGCGACGGAGCACCACCGCGCGCCGUCUACGCUCUCUCUCCAGUUCAUCUGAUCGCGCUGCACUACAUACAGCGCGCGCGCACGGUGGCGGGCGCGCGGCGGCCGGCCGGCGGCGCGUUCGGUUUUCACUGUGAGGUGCGCGCACGCACGCAUGCCGUCCCGAUCGUCUUCUUCCUCUCGCUCGCGCGCGCGCGUCUCUACACUAGCAAUAGUACGUAAGCUUCUAUGUAAAUUUUGAAUUUUUUUUGAUCAAGUGGUGUUUAAUCACGGUGAAAGAGGUGUACAUAUAUGUAAUCAAGUUCAAUGUUUCACAAAU